CAGGCAUAGUGGUUCAUGCACCACCCCACCUAUAUUUUUCUGUUUUCUAUAUAUAUCUCUGGGUACCAGCGCAUAGCUACAAAAGAAACACACUUCCAAUCCCUGUCUGACCCAUUAACGCAACCAUAAUUCUUUUCCAGUUUCAGAGAGCAAACAAAGAGGAGAGAAAAUGGGUGGUUUAGAGAACGCAGCUAAUGACAACAAAACCUCUGUUUCUGCUGGUAAUGGCACCAAGAACGUCCCCUCCCCGGAUUCCAUUAUCAAUCUUGAUCAGGGCGAUCCGACGAUGUUCGAGCCUUAUUGGAGGAAACAAGGCGACAAGUGUACGAUGGUGAUCUCAGGAAGUGACUUGAUGAGCUACUUCAGCGAUAUUGGAAACGUAUGCUGGUUCCUAGAACCACAACUCUCUGAUGCCAUCAAGCGGCUUCAUCGGACGGUCGGAAAUGCAGUAUCAGAUGAUCGGUACAUCGUGGUAGGGACAGGCUCGACUCAGCUCUACCAGGCUGCGCUUUACGCUCUUGCUUCUUCUUCCGGUGGGCCUGAGCCCAUCAGUGUUGUGUGCGCUGCUCCUUACUACUCGUCGUAUAAAGAGGAGACGGACUUCCUGCGUUCCAGGCUCUACAAAUGGGCCGGUGAUGCUUAUGCAUAUGAUAAAAAUGAACCUUACAUUGAGGUUGUCACUUCACCAAAUAAUCCUGAUGGUGCUAUCAGAGAAACUGUGGUCAACCGAGGUGAAGGAAAGCACAUUUAUGAUCUGGCCUAUUAUUGGCCCCAGUACACAGCAAUUACUCGUCCAGCUGAUUAUGAUAUAAUGCUGUUUACAUUCUCGAAAAGCACCGGGCAUGCCGGUUCCCGAAUUGGAUGGGCACUUGUUAAGGAAAAAGAGGUGGCAAGGAUGAUGACUAAAUUCAUAGAGGUUAGCUCUAUUGGCAUAUCUAAAGAAUCCCAGAUUCGAGCUGCAAAAAUUCUUGGAGUGGUUACUGAAAACUGUCAACAUUUUGGGACUCCUGAAUCAGAAAAUUUUUUCGAGUACGGCCAGUGCCUGAUGGCUGAGAGAUGGAAGAAAUUGCGAGAAAUCGUUAAGAACAGUAAAAUUUUCACUCUGCCCAAGUACCCACAAGAAUGGUGCAACUUCAGUGAGAAGUACAUUGAAUCAAAUCCUGCCUUUGCUUGGCUGAAGUACAAGGAAGAUGCAGACUGCGAGGGUCUUUUAAGAGCACAUAAGAUACUGACAAGAGGCGGCGAGCGUUUUGGAGCCGGUCGAAACUACGUCAGGGUUAGUAUGCUGAGUCGAGAAGAUGCAUUUAACCAAUUUCUGGAGAGGUUAUUGGCAAUCGAAGGCCAGGCCUGAAAGGAUAAGAGAAAGAGGAAAGCUUGAUAUUUCGUAUGCAUAGAGUAGGUUUAUGUUUAGAACCCCGGGGAUGACAAUUGCUCAGUUCUAGAUCAUCCAUCAGGAGGUUAAGUUCAUUUCAAAUUUCAGCUCUAAGUUAUAGGCAGACACAGUUGGGGCACCUUUGAAUUUGUAUAGAAACAGAUGAAAUGGUGACAGGAGUUGCACUUUCCUAAUAUGUCGUUGCUUCAAUAAUAAAGAUUACUUGCUUAUGCCA